GCCGCCGCGAGGCGCCGGCCAGCGCGCGGGCAGGUGGAGCGGCGCGUGCGGCGCCGCUUUCGGGGCCGGUUCGGCGCGAUGAGCGCGACGAGCGCGGAGCUGGACGGCGUGUCGGUGCACUCCUCCUCCUCCUCCUCGGGCUCCCUGAGCUCGGCGGCGGGGCCGGCGCCGCGGCCGCUGUCGGCCAACGUGCGGCGGCUGCACCAGGCGCUGACGGCGCUGCUGAGCGAGGCGGAGCGGGAGCGCUUCAUCCUCUGCCUCAACGCCUACCACGGCCGCCGCAACGUCUGCGACCUGGUGCGCUCCCUCCGAGCCCUCCUCGACGGGCCCCGCCGCCGGCAGCUCCUGCCGCUGCUCCGCCUCGUCCUGCCGCGCUCCGACCAGCUCCUCUUCGACCAGUACACCGCCGAGGGGCCCUACCUGCCGCUGCCCGGCCGCCCCCCGCCCGCCCCCGCCCCGCCGCCGGUGGUCCCCGGCGAGCUGCGGCAGGUCACGCUGCGGCGGAGCAAAGCCCACGAGGGUCUGGGCUUCAGCAUCCGCGGCGGGGCCGAGCACGGCGUCGGGAUCUACGUGUCGCUGGUGGAGCCGGGCUCCCUGGCCGAGCGGGAGGGGCUGCGCGUCGGCGACCAGAUCCUGGGUGUCAACGGCAAGUCCUUGGACCGGGUGACCCACGCCGAGGCUGUCAAGGUACUGAAAGGCUGCAAGAAGCUGAACCUGUCUGUACAUUCGGUGGGACGCAUCCCCGGGGGCUAUGUCACCAACCACAUCUACACCUGGGUGGACCCGCAGGGCCGGAGCGUGUCCCCGCCGACCACGGGCCUGCCACACCACCAGAACAGCUCCCUCCGCAAGGACAGCGAGAAGAGGAGCCACCUCCAGCUCCUGCAAGAGGGAGACGAGAAGAAGGUGAAUCUGGUCCUGAAUGAAGGGAAAUCCCUGGGCCUCAUGAUCCGAGGAGGCGCAGAAUAUUCCCUGGGCAUCUACAUCACUGGUGUAGAUAAAGGCUCUGAGGCAGAGAGCACUGGCUUAAAGGUAGGAGACCAGAUCCUGGAAGUGAACGGCAGGAGCUUCCUCAGCAUCCCCCACGACGAGGCGGUGAAGCUGCUCAAGUCUUCCCGCCACCUCAUCAUGACGGUGAAGGACAUCGGGAGGCUGCCACACGCCCGCACCACCGUGGACGAGACCAGCUGGAUAGCAAGCUCCCAGAUCGGAGAGACCCUCGUCAACUCCGCAGGGGCAGUGGGCGACCAUGCUGCGGAGGCGGCAGCCAGGCCUGUGUUUUACCGGGGCCUGGCCGGCUCCCAGGUGACGCUGAGCAGCAUGGUGAACCAGACCCGCGUCAUGCUGGAGGAGCAGGCACGGCACCUGCUGAAUGAGCAGGAGCGGGCGACCAUGGGGUACUACCUUGAUGAGUAUAAGGAAGGCAACAUCUCCGUGGAUGCUCUGGUCAUGGCACUCUUCGAGCUACUCAACACACAUGCUAAGUUCUCACUGCUUUCAGAGGUGCGGGGUGUGAUCUCCCCGCAAGACCUCGACCGCUUCGACAACCUGGUGCUGAAGAGAGAGAUCGAGUCCAUGAAGGCCCGACAGCUCUCUGGGGCCAGCGCUGGCACCGACUCCUACUCUAUGAUGUCCUACAGUGACACCGUCUCUUCUUCCAGCAGCCACUUCACUGCCACAACCGUCAGCUCAGCCCGGGAGCGGCUCUUGUGGCUAAUAGACCUGAUGGAGAACACAUCAGAAUUGGAGGGAGGUGGAGACGGCCACCAAAGUAGCAUCAACCCCCUGCCGGACAUCUCCCUGGAUGAUCUCUCCUCCUUCCCAGAUGAACCACCCAACUUCAAGCCUCCGCCUCCUCCUUCGGCCUCUCAGAUGCUGGACCCCUCUGCUGCCCAGCACAGGAACCCAGAGAAAGACAAGCCCAAGCGCCCUUCCUCCGAGUCCUCUCAGUCAGGCCUCUUUUUCGUGGCCCCCCGAAACCCCACGCCCCCUCCCAGCCACCCCGAGAAGGACACAGUCAGCAUGACCUCCACUGCUACCACAUCCACCGAGGAGUCUGCCCCCAGCGCUAUCUACGCUACCAUUUCCCCAGCCCUGCACAGCUCCAGGAGGCCAAUGGAUGCCCAGCUCGCCUUGGUCAGCCAACACCCCAUCGGGCCCUUCCCGCGGGUCCAGUCGCCCACGAGGUUGAAGAGCCCACCCCCCGACGGCCCUGCAGCCGGUGGGCUUCAGAGCCCCCCUUCCCCAUCCCCUCCUCCUCCCCCAGCCCACCCGGCCCCCCCUCCGCCGGAGAAGGGCAGCCCACAGGCCGUGGCCAACCAGCAUUUCAUCAUGGUGGAGGUGCACCAACCCAACAGCGAGCCCGACGUCAAUGAAGUGAGGCCCUUGCCCCAGGCCAGAGGUGGGUGUCAUGUUAGCAGCCGCCGGGUGAAAAAAACCUUCUCUGGGGUUUACCUCGAGAGAAGAACGGGCGAAGAGCCACAUCUGAAGGGUAGAGAGUGGGGGAGCUGGAAAAGGGAGAGCUGCAUCAAGCUGCAGGUCCCUGCACAAGCAGUGGGCUUGGUUGCCAGGGAGGGACUGCGAGGGCAAACAUCCUGAUUUUGGUUCAAACUCCGAGUCAGGAGGGAAGGGUAAAAGCCGCAGAGCCUGGGUCGGUGUGGCAACAUUUGGUAGCUGUGUGUUCAUUUGGGUUUUUUUCCCCCUGAGGUGAAUUUUCAAUGGCAGAAAAUCUAGGAAACAUAUAAAGCCCUUCGGUGUUAGCAGCAGUAGUGGUGUUAGUCUCUGAGACAAAGCUCUCAGCCCUGGGUUUUGGAAAACCUGCGAGGCCCAGGGCCAGGGCAGCCAGCUCCCCAUCGCCAUUCAGCACACUCUUCAACGCCUCCCUGGUUUUCCAGUGCAAUUCAGACUGACCUUUGCUUAAAGCCUGAGCUCUGCCGGGUGGUGGUUGAUUGCAACUUCUCUCUUGUGUGGGCUUCGCUGUGUUAGUUAAUAAAAUCUGCUUCCACUGGAGUUUUAAAAGAAAAAAAAAAAAUAAUUCUGGGGUUUUCCCAUUAGCUCCAGAUUUUGGAAAAAAAAAAAAAAAAAAAAGUCUGAGUGUGCUUGGGAGUCAGAUUUAUGCUAAACAUAUGCUGGGAAAAAGUGGAAGGGAGGGAGGAGCGUGCUGGGUUCCGGAGGUCCCUCGGCAAAGGGCUCUGGUCCAGCGGGAGUGGGAAGGGUGUUCCUGGCUCUCUGGGGGGGGCUGGGGGUACCCGCAGCACCCCCGAGCCCCUGUGAGUCCCCCCUUCCCCCGGAAUGGCCCGUUUGCCUCCGUGGGACGCGAUGCGAGUGGCAUUGUCGCCCUCCUGCGGCACCGUCCUCCUGCUGCAAUUAAUUCCUUCGCCUCCGGGGAACGGCUGAGGGGCUGGGGUGCCUGGCUCUGCCCGGGGGGUGUCAGCAGUGUGACCCCCAACUCCCCCCAAGGCCCAGAGCCGAGUUCCCGGACCAUCAGCCCUCUCUGCAGGUGCUGUCGUACCGUUGUUCCUGACGCUCAUUUCCAGAGGCAGAGGCUUGAUCAGAGUCUUCAUCCUCGAAGGGGAGAAAGCUCCUACCUGGCAGCUCCUCUUUGCUCGGGUCUGUCCCCAUCUCCUCCCAGACCCUGGUGCUGAGCAUGGGCUGGCUCAAACUGGCCUGCAGCAGCAUCCCUGAACUCACCACCCUCUCCCUCCGUCCCAGUUCAGGAUCUGAGAUGGAUCCUGGACCUAGAUUUGGGGCCGCUUGUUCCUUUGAUGCUCCCUGUGCACAACUCUGCUCUUUUGGAGUGUGGGAACCCCUCUCUCAAGUCCAGGUCUAAAUGCCAGGGAACCUGCCCAGCCCUGGGAGUGGGUGAGAUGUCCUCCCUCCCACCCGCACGUGGCCCUGUGGGUUCUCGGCCGGCCGCAGAGCCGUGC